UCGCCCUCCUCCCAGAUGGGCCCCGGGUCCGCUCUCGCCCCGCAGGACAGGGAAAGGCGGGAAGGGGAACCGCGGCCGGGGGCAGGCCGUUACCCUCAGUCAGUCGCGGGCUGCCCGGCUCCCUGCUCCGCUCCGCGGCGCCCAUGUCCAGCUCCCGGACGGGAGAGCGCCCUCCUCCAGCUCCUCCGCCUGCUCCUCCUCCUCCAGCACCUCCUCCACCUCCUCCGCCUCCGCCUCCGCCUCCUCCCGCGCCGCCGCCUCCGCCGGCCGCCCGGACUGCCGGGCUGCUGCGGUCGUCGCGGCCCGGCUCGAGGCAGCCCGGCUCCUUGGCCCCACGCAGCGGCCCGCUCUCUAGCACCUCCCGAGAUGGGACGCAGGUCAUCAGACACUGAGGAAGAAAGCAGAAGCAAGAGAAAAAAGAAACACCGGAGACGCUCUUCUUCAAGCAGCUCUUCAGACAGCAGGACUUACAGCCGCAAGAAGGGUGGGAGGCGGCCAAGGUCUGAGUCCAGAUCCUGGUCUAGAGACCGUCAGCCUCGCUCCCAUUCUUAUGAGAGAAGACGCAGGCAUAGGUCAAGCAGCAGUUCUUCCUACGGCUCCCGAAGAAAACGAAGUCGAAGUCGUUCCAGGGGUCGAGGGAAAUCCUAUAGAGGUCAGCGUUCUCGGUCCAAAAGCAGAACAAGAAGGUCCAGGUCAAGACCUCGUCCACGUUCCCACAGUCGAAGCAGUGAAAGAUCCAGUCAUAGAAGAACUCGUAGUAGGUCGAGGGACAGAGAAAGACGUAAAGUUCGGGACAGAGAGAAAAGAGAAAAGGAGAAGGACAAAGGCAAGGACAAAGAAGUACACAGCAUUAAACGUGGGGAAUCUGGAAACAUCAAAGCUGGAUUAGAACAUCUGACACCAGCUGAGCAGGCCAAAGCCAGACUACAGUUGGUCCUUGAAGCUGCUGCAAAAGCUGAUGAAGCAUUAAAAGCCAAAGAAAGGAAUGAAGAAGAAGCAAAAAGAAGAAAAGAAGAAGACCAAGCCACCCUGGUAGAACAAGUGAAAAGGGUAAAAGAAAUUGAAGCCAUCGAAAGUGAUUCUUUUAUUCAGCAGACAUUCAGAUCAAGUAAAGAAGUCAAAACAUCUGUAGAACCAUGUGAAGUGAAGCAUGCGACUCCAGCAUCAGGACCAACAUCAGUAGCUGCUGACCCGCCCAGCACUGGAAAGGAAAUAGACCCUGACAGCAUCCCCACGGCUAUCAAGUACCAAGAUGACAAUUCUCUAGCACAUCCAAAUUUAUUUAUUGAAAAAGCUGAAGCUGAAGAAAAGUGGUUCAAGAGAUUAAUUGCCCUCCGUCAAGAAAGAUUAAUGGGCAGUCCUGUGGCUUGAGGAAGAGACUUAUGGUUGAAAUGACAGAAGUCUUGAAAAUUGUGGUUUUUAAAUACAAAUAUUAACUUUUACUCAAAAUAAUUUAGCCAAUUACAUAGAAAGAAAAUCUCAUUUCUUCCCUCGUGUUCAACUGAAUAUUUGUUGACUCAAAUCAAACAUUGUGAAUAGUGAAUCUAUUAUAAAAGGUAUGAGUGCAUGAACAUUAUCCUGUUAAUAAAGCUAAUCACAAAAAUGUCAUUGAUGAAGUAAAUAAAUAUUCAGUAGUGUUUCUCA